AUGAAACAAAGAGACACCAACACAGAUGCCACACUCGCACUCCUUAGCAAUGAGGAGGUGGAUGUAUGUGUCCAGGCAAUCAUACAGGACACAGACUGCAUGGAGUAUGAAGCGGAGACUGACACUAACCACUUGUCCACUCAUGCAGAUCAAGGUCAGAGGUCAAAGGUCACAGGAACACCUGAAUCAACAAGUGACCUGGCUUUGAUGGAAAGUUAUGGCCAGUGUUUUGACGACUGGUUGUCCAUCCUGCCUACCCUGCCACCUGAGCCAGUACCAGGUGGGAAUGGUGAACAGUGCCCUGCUUCUAAGUCCCUCCCAGAUGCCAGUGGUGGUGGUAAGCACUGUGGCUCUUCUCCUAAACUCUGCCAUUCUAUUCAAUCACUCCCAGGUCUUAAUACUGACACUAAGGAGGUUUGUGUGUCAUCCAAGUCUCUCCCAGGGUCUAGUGCAACCACACACCAUUACUCCACUCCCAAGUCACUCCCAAGUCACAGUAUGAAGUGUGAAUCUACUCCCACAUCACUCCCAGGCCCCAGUACUAAGUGUGAAUCUGCUCCCACAUCACUCCCAGGUCCUAAUGCUGACACUAAGGAGGUCUGUGUGUCAUCAAAGUCUCUCCCAGGGUCUAGUGCAACCACACACCACUACUCCACUCCCAAGUCACUCCCAGACCCCAGUACUAAGUCUGAAUCUACUCCCACAUCACUCCCAGAUCCUAAUACCAGACACACAUGCUCUCCCAGGCCACUCUCAUGCCACCAGCCUCCCCAGAACAUAGAGACAAGUGUGAGAGAGCAAGACAAGACUGGGAGACAAAGAAACGGCAGCCCACCACACCUCGGCCAAGACAUAGUGUCAGGAGAGAAGCUACAUUCUCCAGACUUAUUCAGAACACAGUUUCCCGACGAGGAGGUGCAGAGGAGUUGUGUGACGCAGCACCGGUGGAGGGGCAGAGCAUUGCAGAGUAGCACGGAGAGUUCAGGAAGCUUCAGCAGUAAGAGGAACGCAGCCAACCCUACAAGAGUGAGGAAGAAAGUCAGGGGUGUUAUAGAUGAAACUCAGGAUUUGGUUGUAGACAAAGAGAAGGAAGGAAAUGAUGAAGGAUUAGUGAAGCAGGGCAGUUCUCGAGGCUUAGAGCUUGUGAGAGAGAUAAUACAGGAAACAGAGGAUAUGGUGAUAGAUGAAGGAGAAGACGGAAUAACAAAUGGUGAAAAGCAAGGAAAUGAAGAAAUAGUGAAAAGAGAGAGUUGCUAUGGUGAAGGAGACAUGAGAGAAGUAAUAGAGGAGACGGAAGAAUUGAUAACAUAUGAUGGAAGGAAAAGAAUGAUCAAAGAAUCAAUGAAAAGGGAGAAUUGGUUUAGUGUGGAAGACAGGAGGGAGAUAAUUGAAGAAACAGAAGACAUGAUAAUUGAGGAGGAAGAAAAGGAAUUAGUACCAAAGCUGGAGAAGAGAGGGAAACAGACACAAGUGAAGAAUAUCAAGUCGUUUCAGAAGCUUACUAAAGAACCCAAGCAUUUCAACACUCAUCACCUCACCAGCCUUGAACACAGACACCAGGACACAUCACCAAGCAAGAACACACACAGGGGAAGAGAGGCUGGUGAAAACUGCAACACUUCACAGUCAAACAAGAGGGAAAUGAGGAUUCGAGCAGGACUAGAAGAACCUCAGUGUGGCAGAACAAACACCACAAACACCACCACCUUCGCCAAGACCAAGGCUGCACCAAAACGCAAUUCCCACAGUAGAAAAAACAGCGCAGGGAAAAUAUUAGCAUUCCUGGACAAAAACGCAGUAAAAGAGUCGGAAAUUAAACUGGAAAACACUACAGGCAUUACCACCAGGACUUCAACACCCAAGAGGAACCAGGAACACACACCAGACAUACACACAGACACACACACGGAUACAGACAAAUCCACUCUCUCUUUGACCAGCUCCAUCCCUUCCGCUCAACUGGUGGAAGGACCGCAGGGGACAGAAGUGGAGGCGUGGACCGUACCAGUGGAUGAAAGACAUGGUGUUCUUCUCACGACCUCCCUUGCCACCACACCCACCUCCUGUGUUCUCCUGGUGGUGCAGGAGUGUGGCUUGGGGCUGUGGGGACCAUCUGCUGGUGCUGAGGGCUGGGUGCUACUUGGGAAGACACAGCACAGUAUAAGAGACAUUGCUAACUUAAGGUAAUGGUGACUCUUAGGUAUUGGUGACUGUUUGGGGUACUAGGAGGUUGCAUGGGUGUUUUGAUGUGUCUAAAGUUGUCUAGUUGAAGUGAUGUGAGGUUUUUAAGGCUGUUUUUAUAGUUUCAAAGAUUCUAGUUGAAGUGACAGGUUUUUUAGUGUGUUUUUACAGUUUUAGAGGCUCUAGUUGAAGUGAUGUGGGUUUUUAAGGGUGUUUUUAUGGUUUCAAAG